AUGAGUGAGGCCAUCAUUACCGAGGGUCGUAGACAAAAUGAGGUCGCCAAAUCCCAACAGAGUGUUACCGGUAAUUGGGUGUGUCAAAAGAGAAACUAUGACAAGUACGAGUGUCAACAUGGUCACGAACGCUACACUCUCUGUGCAUUCCACCACAACGAGGGUCACGACAAGACAGUAUCAUGGAUGGAUUGUAAAGAAUGCGAAGAAUUCUCCCCUGUCGACUACCGUGACUUUGCCACUGGCAAAUUCAACUUUACCAAAAUGUCUAAAGAGGUACUUGCAACCAAGAAUCCUGGAAGAAAACUACAACCACCACAACCACCAGAAGUUGUACAACAAUAA